GGCGGCGGCGGAGUUGCGGGGCUCGGGAGGCAGAGGCGAGGCGGGCAUCCCGCCAAGGAAGCAGGCGGGCUGGGAGCGAGAGGCUCGGGCUCCGCGAUGCUCCGGAGGUCGGGGAUGCUACUUCUCUGGCUCUUUUGCUGCUGGGGGCCGGCGAGGGCACACAAUGGAGAUCUUACAGUCAGACCCACUUGCAAGCCAGGCUUCUCGGAAGAUGAUUACACAGCACUGGUUUCCCAAAACAUCAUGGAGGGGCAGAAGUUACUCAAAGUGAAAUUUAGCGGCUGCUCGGAGAGCAAGAGAAUUCGAUAUGAAACUGACAACUUGGACUUCAAGGUGAGGAUCGAUGGAACUAUCUACACCACCAAACAGGUGCAAAUCCCCUCGGAGCAGACAAUGUUUAUGGUGACAGCAUGGGACCGCCAGUCCCUAGAAAGAUGGGAAACAGUGGUCAGGUUACUGGUGGUAGAGAAAACACAACACAAGGGACGCAAGCAGAAAGGGAAGAAGAACACAUCGGCAGAUCUCUUGCAGCAGCCCAGCGAUACUCUGCUACCGUGGCGCCAUCACCAGAAUUCACAUGGGCUCAGACGGCAGAAGCGAGACUGGGUUAUCCCUCCAAUCAAUGUGCCUGAAAAUUCGAGAGGACCCUUCCCUCAGCAACUGGUUAGGAUUCGUUCAGAUAAGGACAGUGAUAUCCAUAUAAGAUACAGCAUCACAGGAGUGGGAGCUGACCAACCACCUAUGGAAGUCUUCAACAUUGAUCCUGUGUCAGGGAGAAUGUACGUGACCCGGCCAAUGGACAGAGAAGAAAGAGCAUCUUACCAUCUUCGAGCACAUGCAGUUGAUAUGAAUGGAAAUAAAGUGGAAAACCCCAUUGACCUCUACAUCUAUGUCAUUGACAUGAAUGACAACAGGCCAGAGUUCAUAAAUCAAGUUUAUAACGGAUCUGUUGAUGAAGGAUCUAAACCAGGAACCUAUGUGAUGACAGUGACAGCAAAUGAUGCCGAUGACAGCACCACAGCCAAUGGGAUGGUGAGGUACCGGAUUGUGACACAAACCCCACAGAGCCCAUCACAAAAUAUGUUUACCAUUAAUAGUGAAACGGGAGAUAUUGUGACAGUGGCUGCUGGACUUGACAGAGAGAAAGUUCAGCAAUAUACAGUCAUCGUUCAGGCCACAGAUAUGGAAGGAAAUCUUAACUACGGUCUCUCAAACACAGCGACAGCGAUCAUUAUGGUGACAGAUGUGAAUGACAACCCACCCGAAUUCACCGCCAGCACCUAUUCUGGUGAAGUCCCAGAAAACCGAGUGGAAGUAGUAGUUGCCAAUUUGACGGUGAUGGACCGAGACCAGCCUCAUUCACCCAACUGGAAUGCUGUUUACCGGAUUAUCAGUGGAGACCCUUCUGGUCAUUUCACCAUCAGAACUGAUCCUGUUACUAAUGAAGGCUUGGUAACUGUUGUGAGGGAAGUUGACUAUGAGAUGAACAGAGCUUUCAUGCUGACUGUAAUGGUAUCUAACCAAGCUCCUCUAGCCAGUGGGAUCCAGAUGUCUUUCCAGUCUACAGCUGGGGUCACCAUUUCAGUCACAGAUGUCAAUGAGCCACCCUACUUCCCAACAAACCACAAGCUCAUCAGGUUGGAGGAAGGAGUACCAACUGGGACAGCAUUAAUGACCUUUUCAGCAGUGGAUCCUGACCGCUUCAUGCAGCAGGCUAUAAGAUACUCUAAGCUGUCAGAUCCUGCAAACUGGCUGAACAUUAAUGCCACAAAUGGUCAGAUCACCACUGCUGCCAUCCUUGAUCGUGAGUCAGCCUAUAUUAAGAACAAUGUCUACGAGGCCACGUUCCUGGCAGCUGACAACGGUAUCCCUCCGGCCAGUGGCACUGGCACACUCCAGAUCUAUCUAAUUGACAUCAACGAUAACGCUCCUGAACUUCAGCCAAAGGACGCACAGAUCUGUGAAAAGCCAAACCUGAAUGUCAUCAACAUCACAGCCGCCGAUGCUGACAUUGAUCCAAACGUUGGGCCCUUUGUCUUUGAGCUGCCAAGUGUGCCAUCUGCCAUUAGGAAGAACUGGACCAUUACACGGCUAAAUGGUGACUAUGCCCAACUCAGUUUACGAAUAACAUACUUGGAAGCCGGUGUGUAUGAUGUUCCAAUCAUUGUGACAGAUUCAGGAAACCCUCCUUUGUUUAACAUGUCCAUCAUUAAGGUCAAGGUGUGUCCAUGUGACGAGAACGGAGACUGUACCACCAUUGGAGCUGUUGCUGCAGCCGGGCUGGGAACUGGAGCAAUCAUUGCCAUCUUGAUAUGUAUCAUCAUCUUACUAUCCAUGGUUUUACUUUUUGUAGUAUGGAUGAAGCGCAGGGAAAAGGAGAGGCACACAAAGCAGCUUCUCAUUGAUCCAGAGGAUGAUGUCCGGGAUAAUAUUCUGAAGUACGAUGAGGAAGGAGGUGGAGAAGAAGACCAGGAUUAUGAUUUAAGCCAACUUCAGCAGCCAGAGAACAUGGAUCAUGUUUUGAACAAAGCAAAUGGAGUCCGUCGAGUAGAUGAGCGACCUAUUGGCGCUGAGCCCCAGUAUCCUAUAAGACCUGUAAUCCCCCAUCCUGGGGACAUUGGGGACUUUAUUAAUGAGGGCUUGAGAGCAGCAGAUAAUGACCCAACAGCUCCUCCCUACGAUUCCCUUCUUGUCUUUGACUAUGAAGGAAGUGGUUCAACAGCAGGCUCUGUAAGCUCACUCAACUCCUCGAGCUCCGGAGACCAAGAUUACGACUACCUGAACGACUGGGGGCCAAGGUUCAAGAAACUGGCAGACAUGUAUGGGGGUGGCGAGGAUGACUAAACUGACCUCACAUUCUUGUUUUGCAAAAGAGGAAAGCUAUAGCAUUAGAAGAAGUUGAUGAUGGUGAAGAAGAAGAAAAGAACCCCAACAAGGAAGAAGAAAGAAGAAAGAAAUGGAGAAGGAAGAAGAUGGAGAAGAACCAAGAACUGUACAGAAGUGGCAGCUUUUUUAAAUUAAUAUCCUCUGCUGACUGUAUUCCUUUUAGUGGUGAUUUAGAAAGUUUCUUUUUUUCUGUUGUUUUCUUUCUUUCUUUCUUUCCUGUUAUCUUUCUCUCUUUUUUAAGAACUUUGAGCUGUCUAGCAUGAACACUCACCUCUGCUGCAUUUGUGGGUUUUUAAAAAUGUUUUUUUCCCAGUGUGUCAGCGGGGAUACUGCUUGUUCUAUCCACUUUAUGACUAUAAAGGGAGUGAAAGGCACUCUGUCUUAACUUGAAUUUCUUAGAACAGAAGCACUGUUUUUAAAAUAUAUAUAUAGAUAUAUAUAUUUGAAAGUGCCUUUUGGUACAUGUAUCAGAUUCCCUCAAUCUCAGGAGUGUUCAAAAGAAACAAACAAAAAUUUACGUUUCCACCAUCUUUGGACACCACACUCUAUGACCCUAAGCCAGUGCUAGCUGGGAACGAAUUAACAGAAAACAGGGACUAUGGAACGGUUUCUCUUAUGGGCCUUUUUUUCUAAAAAAUACAUAAAUACAUAAAUAGGUGGGAGAGGUAUUUCUGGGUGGAGGGGAGUGAAGAAGCAAAAUGCUUAGUGUACAACAAUUGCUAAACUGCUAUCUUUUGGCAUAUGCCAAUGGUGAAAUGAGUGCACCUGUUGUAUAUACAAUUCAUUGUUUAUCUGAUGCAAAAUAUUGACCUGGGUUUUCUCUUCUGACCUGGUCAGAUGUGAUGUAGCUGCAUAGAACUAGAGCAUUGGUAAGCCUUUGGUGAGUACAACAACCAAGAAGACAUUGCAUAAGCCCUACAGUAAAUGGCAAGACCAAAGGCCACUUGUGUGAAAGAGUCUUCUUUCUUUCUUUCUUUCUUUCUUCCUAGUCCCCUCCACCUGCUGAGUUCUAGCUAUCAUGGUUAGGUUCUGUGUUUCUAUGAAACAUUCAUUGUGAUGAAUUUUUAACAUGAAAUUCUGACAGAAGAUUAGGAAUGCAGCAUUUGACCAUCUGAACAAAUGGUUUCAGCAAGCUGUGUAGAGCUGUGUAAAUUCUCUCACCAAAUAUUUGAAAGCAGUGGCACAAAACAUAGGUUCUGCAGGCCACUUGUGGCUCACUGAGCCCUACUGUGUGGGACUUGCAUUGUGCAUCAUGGUUUAGAGUUGCACUGCAUAGAGCCCAGAGGACCUGUUUUGUAGCCUACAUUAAUGUAACCAGAGGUUCUACCCCUUCCUAUUACUGUACCAUGAAAAGGUGAUGAAGCUAAGCACAAGCAAAAAUGUACAUAUAAUCCCUUUGUUGACUUGGGGUGGGGGGGGGAGGCUAAUUAACUCAACCAAGAAGGUGCACAUCUCCAUUUAAAAAAGCUGCAAACUUAGAGGGAACUCCUAUGAACCAGCUUUGAGUGCCAUGAUAACAGGUGUUGUGGGACCUCAAAAUAGUUUUGAUGCUAUUUCAUCCAAUAGAAGCCAGUCCAGCAGAGGAUAUUGUCUUACCAUGGUUAUGUCUUAUGUUCCCUGGUAAUUUAUAAGAUGGGACCAGUUACGCCUCUAGUCUGGAAUGAUUUAUCACGCAGUUUCCUGUUUCAGUGCAAGCAGUCUGUUCUAUGAUUUUGUGAUAUUAGCCAGGAAAACCAAUGAACCUGAUUGAAAAGCACAUGCAGACUGAUACUGUAUAAUGAGUAAUCAAAUGACCAGAUUUCUUUGAUUGUGUAUUAACAUCUUACUUCAUUGUCAAAAGAAAAGUAGCACUGGAACUCCUUGAGUUUUGUGUAGUUCAUUGCUCCAAAAGUGAGAUACACAUCAAGGUUGGCCUGAGAAAUAUUACAGUCCCAAUCAGUGGUAUGGUGUGUGAUCAAAGCGGUGCACCCCAAGAUCCUCUACAAGGAGCUUUAGAAACACGUUUCAACUGUACAUUGCUAUUGGCUCUUCCUAAACAACCUCUUUGGUUGUUACAUAGUCAAGCCAACCCUGGUCCAAUUCUUGUAUUACUAUAUUUUUAAAAGAUGUGGUAAAACUUUAUCAAAUAGACUUUUCCCAUACCAUGAGAUAUCAUUCUGGGUGCAAUUCAUGUGAAACCCACUGUAAGCUAAUACUGUGUGGAAUAUGGGAAACACCAGAUCUGCCUUGUGGAGAUGAGACUUCAGAAAGUAUGGUGCAUGGUACAGAUACAAUGGUGGGAAGCUCACCUUGAAGUAACCAUUGUAUUGCUGUUGUGUGCCUUCAAGUCAUUUCCAACUUAUACUGGCCCUAAGGUGAACCUAUCACUGGAUUGUCUUGGCAAGAUUUGUUCAUGUUAGGUUGCCUUUGCUUCCUGUGAGGCUGAGAGUGUAACUUGCCCAUAGUCACCCAUUAGCAAGGAUUCAAAUCCUGAUCUCCCGGAUCUUAAUUCAACACCCAAACCACUGCACUGCAUUUUUUUCAAAACUGUAAUGCAAUAUUUAAGGCAGAUUGGUCCUUAGAAAAAGUAAAUCUGAAUCUCUUGGUAGCUUUCUUUGACCUUGGCCAGGGAAAAAACUGACCAAAUAAAAGGAGGAAAGGGUAAAUGCAGGAUAAGGAUCCUCAAGAAAAAAGAGAGAAAGAAGGAGAGAUAUAACCUCAUUGAUCCUCCACACUUUCAGUCAAAGUGAAAGAUGAGCCACAUAAUGUUAUGUUCUGGAGAUUCUGUCAGUGGGCAGAUAUCCUUCCUGAUGGUCUAGUUUUGGCUUUGAGGACUCUUAGCUCAAUGGUAAGCCCACUGGUUUUUUUUUUUUUCCCCAUAAGGUUGUAGGUUCAUUCCUUGGCCUCUCCAGUUUAAAAUGUCCUCAGGAAAAUAAAAAAGCUGGGGAAAAUACCUUUGUGGCAAUUUGAAGAAUUUGUGCCAUUCAAAGUCAACUGUACUGUACAGUCUGACUUACUGGAAGACAACUUCAUAAUUCAUAUGAUAUCCAUUAACUGGAGUCGAAGAAGAGAUUGCUUUUCCUCUGGAAACAAUCUGUACCUCCUUAGAAUUACCCACCCCACAUCCUAAGAACUGUAGAUCAUAGUGUUGGGUGAAAGGUGCUAAUGAUACUGCCAGGAAAGUUAUGGUUGGCAUGGAUCCAUAGAAAAGAACCACUGCACACCUCUGUGUUGGGGUUGUGCUGGUAUUUUCUUUUCCAGACAGUAAUCAGGGAUGCUGUGUUUAAACUGUCUCACAUUUAUGGUGUCCUGGUGCAUAAUCCUGUUGGAUACUUUCCUUAGAAAACCCUAUCAGAGAUGAAGCAUAUCCAUGGGACUUAUCUUUCACCUUGUACAAAUACGUUAUCGUUCCCUUCUGCAUAAAAAGCGGGCAAACACACAAACACACACCACGGUGGGGGAAAGAACUUUUGGGUGGUCCAUAAUCAUCCUUUGGGCAAUGUUAGCAUCUUUUGACUAUUGUUAGCCAGAUUGAAUCAACUGUACGUAAAUCAAACUAUGUGCAACCUGAUCAAUAUGCACCUGUAUCUAUCAUCAGUACCUCCAGGGUAAGAAAAGACUACCAUGUGAUUAAUGUGCAUAAAUGUUGACAAUUAAGCCAGAGUUAUUUGCUGCACCCUGAUUGAACCUCUCUAUAAUCAAGGGUAGCAUACUACCUAGUUUGUAUGUAGGGUCAGUAUUUUUAAAAAUAAAUCCAUCUAGAUUCUGUACUUUUUCUGUCAAAAAAAAUUGUUCUCCCCCCAUCCCUUUUAAUGAUUUGGACUAGUGGGGUUUAUGUCUAAUGUUUGUACAAUUAUUUAGAUUGCAUGGAUGUGUAAUGUACAAAAUCACAUUUAAUGGAUUAUGAGCCACUUAAUUGUGCUUUGAAAUCUUGGAUUAUCUAUGAUUUAAAAAGAAAAAAAAACACAAAAAGCUAGUCUCCAGCAGAUUUAUGGGAAACAAUAUAGGUGUGCUUAGGUAUUAUUUUCUUUAAAUCCAAGAGUCUGCACAGUUUUAAAGAAAUUGUUUUUGAUUAUCAACAAGAAAUGGGGUUGCUCUUACCUUAUCCUCCUUUUUUGUUUGUCUUUUCCUUCCCCCCCCCCCCCUUUCUCCUUUUUUUCUUUUUCUUUUUCUUUUUUCUUUUUUGGUCAAUAUACAAAUUGAUUCUCAUUUUGAAGUUGAGAAGGGGAGGGGAAGGGGAAUGAGCGUGGAGAAAUGUACUUCAAAUGGAUGUUGUUAAGAGCGUAUUAGAAUGCAAGCUCCUUUGUCUAUAGACUUUGAAAAUGCUCCUCGCGCAUUUUAUAUUUCAUUGUAUCAUAUUUUCUAUAAAACACAAUUUCUGUAAAUUAA